AUGGGUGUAACGUUUGAAUUUGUGUAUAUAUUAGUGCUAUUAGCAAUAAGUACAGGUUUAUCUGUAAUCUUAUUUUUCUUAGGAUAUUUCUUGAUGUUUAAAGUGGCGUAUGAGGAUAAAUUAAUGGGAUAUGAAUGUGGUUUUGAUCCUUUUGGUAAUGCAAGAGGAGAAUUUGAUAUUAGAUUUUAUUUAGUAGCAAUACUAUUUUUAAUAUUUGAUUUAGAAAUUACAUUUUUGUUUCCUUUUAGUGUUAGUAUCAUGAGCAUGACUUUAUUAUCGUAUAGUCUAAUGUUAAUCUUUUUAAUUAUUUUAACAAUUGGAUUUAUCUAUGAAAUAAAAAAGGGAGCAUUAGAUUGGAGUUAA